GUGCAGCCACCUCCACACUCAUUCAAUCCCACAGCUCAUAAAAGAAAAGUCAUCCCACAUCUGCUACUCUUGACACGAACCAAUGGUACUUCCAAUGGAUAUAAAUCAAACCAUUUCCCUUCUCAUAAAAUUCAAUCAAUCUAGUGAGAAAGCGAAAGAAGAAAAACUAUGGCUCAUCAUCCAAUACACCAAGCAAACAAGACUGGACCAUUUGGCAACCUAACAAAAGAUGAGUUUUACAGGCUGCACAGAGUUAAGCAUGAAGAAACAUUCAUGACAAACAACAAGAACAUGAGGAUCUUCACACAGUCAUGGCAACCAACCUCACAGGAAACUCAAGUCAUCGGCCUGGUUGCCAUGAUUCACGGUUACUCCUCGGAGAGCAGCUGGAUCUUCCAGCUCACCGCCGUUGCCAUUGCCAAGCUUGGGUUCCAUGUCUUUGCUCUCGACCUCCGUGGCCACGGUUACUCCGACGGCCGCCGUGGCCACAUCUCUGAUAUCAACCCAAUCAUCCAAGAUUGCAUCCAAUACUUUGACGCCGCCCGAUCAGCUCACAGUCAUCUCCCGGCCUUUCUCUACGGAGAAUCCCUUGGUGGCGCCAUUGCGACUCUCAUUGCAAUAAAUCAAAAACAUACAUGGAAAGGUCUAAUACUAAAUGGGCCAAUGUUCGGAGUAUCAGCGAAGUUUAAACCGAUAUGGCCAUUGGAGAAGUUCCUUCCGGCCGCUGCGAUGGUUGCGCCGAGGUGGAGAGUGGUGUUGACGAAGUCAUUAGUGGAGAAGAGUUACAAGGAAAAAUGGAAGAGAGAGCUUGUGAGGAGGAGCCCAGAGGCUCAAAAGUCCGAGCAUCCACCUGCAAAGACAGCGUUGGAGAUGUUGAAGGUUUGUGAGAGGAUUGGAAAGAGGUGCAAAGAGUUGGAGGUGGCGUUGCUGGUGGUACAUGGGAGGGAUGAUAGCGUCUGUGAUUUGUCGGCAGUUGAGAAGGUAUUUAGUAUGGCGGGAAGCCAGGAUAAGCGUUUGGAAGUUGUGGAUGGCAUGUGGCAUCAGAUGAUUGGUGAUACCCUGGAGAUUGUUGAGUUUGGGUUUGAGGUAAUUUUCAAUUGGCUUGUGGAAAGGGCCAGGAGAUUUACUUCAUAACUGUGUCUGAAAUUGGUUUUUCCAUGAUUAUUAAGGAGAGGAAUUGUGAUGUUUUAGUUGUGUUUUGAGUUGUAGUCUCAGGGUUGUAUGAUUGGAUAAACCGGGUACACAAAUGGACUCUGUAUAUUUCCUUGUUUUUUAUAUCCUUAAAGGAAGAGAGAAAGAGAGAGAGAGAAGGUUAAAAA